AUGCGACUCUCGUUGGCCCUGUUCGUGGCCAUUUUGGCGCUCUCCGAAGCCCGCCGCUUCUACCAAUCCGAUGACAGCAGUCAUGAGGCCGAUGCCCGCAAUCGCAAUCACGCCGACAAACAACUGAGCGCGGAUGCGUAUGGGCACAAGAGCCUCAGGGAGCACAAGGUUGCAAGCGCCGCGAAACGCCACCGAGAUGCGGAUGAGCACAAAAAGUUUGUUGAAGGUCCCAAUGGCUAUGCUGCUUCUGAAUCUUCGAACCUGGAUCAAGCCGCCGCCAGCUCCGAUUCUCAGAGCUCUCUGGAGCUGGUUCAAGGUCCUGAUGGCUUCAGCAAGAGACAGUCUAGUGACGAUGACUCUUCUUCUUCCAGUGCCAAGAAGUCCCACAACAGCAAGAUUAUCGUUGAUGGAGAAGGAGGAGCCUACGGCGGAGCCGCAGGUUUCGGAGGCUAUGGCGCUGGCUAUGGAGCUGGCCAAUUCGGAGGUCGGUACGGUUCUUCUGGCAGCCAAUCCGGCAGUGAAUACGGCGCUGGCCAACUCGGCGAUCAAUUGGGUCAAUAUGGAUCUGAAGCCGGCUAUCGCCAAUCUGGCAAUGGAGCUGGUCAAUUUAGCGGUGAAAUAGAACAGGAAGAACAGGGAGGACUUAUACCCCGUCCUCUUCCUCAAGGAGGUAAGUCUCUCUCAUACUUUUUAUCAUAAACUCAUAGCUCGUCAUCAGCCCUAUCAUCAGCGUCCCGAAGGCGAGCACAACCCAGUUCAUGCUGGAAAUGAAGGGCAUGGUCCUCAUCCUCACAACUGUGGCGCCCAGGGACAUCCGGUUCGUCAAGGAAAUGACGAUCGUCAUCCUCAUCGUGGCCCAAAAAUUUCUCCAAAAUCUCCACGUCAUAGCAAUCCUCUCAUCAUUGCUCCAGCUCCUGAAAGCCAACGGGUUAGGCCUAGCGCAAACCAAGUUGGACAACAGCUUGGAGAUGAGCCAAGAGUCCAAGUUCUUCCCCGGCAAAGACCUAAUAUUGUUAUUAUCAGCCCACCUGAGUCUCAACCACGCCCAAGAAUUGGCACCGUCAUCGUUGGCCCAAAAGUUGCCUCCGGCAGCCAAGGACAAGCCCAAGCCAGAGUGUUCGAUGGAACUCAAGUCAGUGGGCCAAGAGCUCAAUAUCAGCCUUUUGUCAGCGUCCCAGUCCGCCGCGGAGGAUACUCUGCAUACGAUGAGUCGGACGACAGCUCUGCCAACGCCAAGAAACACGAUCACAGCAAGAGCGAGCUGAUCAAAGGUCGCAAUGGCUACAAGAAGGCGUCUUCGUUGGAUAGGGCCAACCAAGCCCAAGCUUCCAAAGCCCAUAAGAAGUCGCAGGUUCGCGCUGAUGCCUAUGGAAACUAUGCCAAGUCUGCCGAAGAGUCCGGAUCCAAUGCUGCUGCAAGAAACCAUGUGAACGCCAAUAACUUGGAAGUGGCUGGACCAUACGGAUACUUGAAGAAGAACGAGCUCGAUGAGGGAUCUGCCAGCAGGGCCAACAAGUUCGACAAGAAGAGCAACUUGGUCAGAAAUGCCGACGGAAGUUUCUCUUCAAGCGAAGAGGACGAUUCGUCCAGCGCUAGCCAAGAGAAGAGCCACAAGGCCAAGAGCAUUGUUGUUCAAGACAACGGAUAUCAUAGAUUUUAUUAA